AGUGAGUGCAUUGUAGAUAGGUUUUCAAUCCGGAAACCUAUCAAUUUGGUCCGACCUGCCGGAUCAGCAAGAGAUCGGAGAGAGAUGGAGGGAAAAUUAAAUGCAUUGGAAGGAAGAAUGGAGGGGAGGAUGAACGUGAUCGAGGGACGAAUGGAAACCUUAGAGACGAUGGUGGAUGGGUUGAAAGCAGAGAUGACGGGUUUACGGCAAGAACUUAGAGAGUUCAUGCGAAUGUUUGGAGAACGAGGAUGAAAUGCUGAGAGCCAUCCGGAGGGAAGUCAGGAUUCAAUGAAUGGAAUCCGAGGAGAACGAAGAGAAGAUGACGAAGAAGAUAUGAGUGGCGCAACCAAACUGGGUGAAGCGGGUUAAGUUACCAACCUUUGAAGGAAUCGAUCCGCUAGGGUGGAUUUCUCGCGCGGAAAAAUUCUUCGAAAUCUAGAAGGUGACGAAGAGGGAAAAGCUCCGACUGGCGUACGUCUGCAUGGAAGGGAGCGCAAGUUACUGGUACCGCUUCUGGAAAGAAAAAAUGCAGGCGCCAACAUGGGAGGGGUUGCAGGAAGCUCUAAUAAGGAGGUUUGGAGGUCAUGACAGAGGAACAGUGUUUGAGAGGCUAGCGGCGGUCAAGCAGAACAACACCGUCGACGAGUAUAUACAGGACUUUGAAAUGUUAGUGGCGCAGACGAAGGACGUGUCGGAGGAUCAGCUCCUGGGAUAUUUUUUCGCAGGUUUGCAAGGGGAAGUCAGAAGUCAUAUUCGUUUGCAUAAUCCCUGAGAUUUAUUGUCGGCGAUGGAGGUGGCGCGGGACGUAGAGGAGGCGAGUCGAGGCGCACGAACGGUGGGAGGAACCGGAGCCAGGAGCGGCCAGUCGUGGGGGUGAUAUCAAGGUGGGACUGGCAUAGUAGCGAGAUCGGAACCGAUCAAACAGGGUCCGGAACAUUCAGGGGUAGCAGAAAGUGUGGCGGUGACUCAUAGGGAUGGUUCUCAGGGACCGGCGACGUGGAGCGGGGAAAAGUACAGUGAGCGACGAUCGCGGACGAGGAUCCAGGAACCUACCUUAUCCCGAGUACAUCAGAAGGAGGGAUGAGGGGUUGUGUUUCCACUGUGGUGGUCUUUUCAGUCCCGGCCAUCGUUGCCCAGAGAGAAGUUUGCGGGUGGUGAUCAUGGGGGAAGACGAAACCGAUGGUGACGAAGAGGAAGAAGGUGGGAAAGAAGUUGGACAUAAACGCAUGGAGUUGUCGUUGUUCUUCGCGGGUGGGCUCACUCAGCACAAAAUUAUGAAGCUUCAAGGCUGGGUUCGGGGGAAAAAGGUGAUGAUCCUCAUCGACAGUGGCACUAGCCACAACUUCAUUGCAACCGAGUUAGUGGAGGAGCUGGGCUUUCCAGUAGAAGAGACCCCACCAUAUACCGUGAGUUUGGGAGAUGGCCGAAAGAAACAAACAGGAGGCUGUUGCAGUAAUGUUCCAAUAAAUGAAACGAGACAGUGGGAGCUAUGGUCAAAGUAUAGGUUUGUUUGUUGUUGCAAACGAUGUAGAGCUCUUCCUUUUUCAUACGUGGAUCAUGCAUUGCAAGAAAUUUCAGCUUUCUGUUAUGAUUCAACGGAUUCAUAUUCCAAGUUCCUCAAAGACAUGGCUGAUAGAAAAUUGAGUGAGUGCAUUGAUGAUGUCAUAUCAGAGUAUCUUUCGGUUGGUGAUCCUGAGUCUUGUUGUGACAAGCUUCAGAAGAUACUCAUGCAAGGUCUAAAUGAGCAGUUAGAAUACGUUAAAGGAAAAUCAGAUUCUAAGUUCAUGCUGCAUCCCCUCAACCACCAUUCUUUAAAAGCGUACACGACACUGGCUUCAGCGUAUAAAGUUUGUGCCAGUGAUUUAUUGUCUGUAGAUUCUGCAAUAGAUACAAACCAGUUAAAGGCUUUUGACAUGAGCAGGACCAGUGCUGCAUAUUCGCUGUUACUUGCUGGUGCAACUCAUCAUCUCUUCAAUUAUGAAUCCUCACUUAUUGUUUCUGUUGCAAAUUUUUGGAUAGGAGCUGGUGAAUCCUUGUUAUUCCUAAGCAGAAGUUCUGGAUGGGGUACGUGUGAUAAUUUGGGUCUGAUUGUUCCCAACCAUACUUCAGCCAUUAAAUUUAAAUGGUCGAAGUGUUCAUUAGUUGAUAGGAUUAGAACCUGUAUAGCAAAUGGUCAAAUUAACAGUGCCGAUUUUGAGAAUGUAUCAAAUGAAUUUAUUUAUUAUGUCUCAGAUAUUACACAGAAAGUAUGGGGUUUUCUUAUCUCUGAUUGCUCUUUUUUGAGAUCCUGUAAAGAUCCUAUUAAUUUCAGUUGGCUAACGUCUACCAAAAGCUCCAAUAGAAUGGAUUUUGAGGUUUGCGUUGACAAAAGUUACAAAACUGAGCUCAGUUACACCCAUGAACCUGAAAACAGCAUCUAUAUCUGUGAAGAACCAACCUCCACUGAUGAUGUAUUAGCAUGCCUUUUACAGCUUGGUUUACACUGCUUAGCUUAUGGGGGAUUGUUGGGCAGUAUUUGUUAUGGUUCCCAGUCUCAUGUGGUUUGUCAUGUUCAAAACGUUCUAGACCGUGAAAAGAAUACUGUUUUAUACUCGUGAAGAAUCUUGAAAGUUCAUGUAGGCAACCUUGCCAGAUAUCCUGUCAAUACGAAAUUUUGGGUUUAUCUUAGCUUGAUAACUGAUAAUGGGUAAACAUCAAGAUGAAGUUGAUGGAUGUUUUGGGGUUUGUUUUCUGUUGCCAGAAGCUUGAUGCAUGACAGUUUUGGGAAUGCAUCGAAGAGAUAGAUGUACGGUUCAUUUCCAUCAUCAAAGGGAGAAAAAUGGAAGACGAAAGCUUAUAUGACCAUUGAAGAAGAAAUGGUAUUUUGUAGCUCUUAUAAAUGGUUAUUGGUAAAUUAUUAUUUUGUACUAUUUAUUUAGUCUUUUGCACUAUCUUAUAUUAAUGAAUUGUAUUUAAUUUUUCA